AUGAAAGCAAAGAAGACAUUUAUGGAUGCAGGAUUCAGCUAUGAUGAUAUCACAAAGAUGAACCAAUGUUCGGUUAAACUCAUAUAUCACAGACUACGAGGAAGAAUUGACAAGGUAAGCUGGAGAAGAGUUGUUUGUCAUAAUACAGGAUGCCCCAGGUGGAUUUUUGUAUUGACUAUGACAGCACAUGACAAACUGUACACAAGAGACAGACUACAGAGAUGGGGAAUACAAGUUGAUCAAGAAUGUAUCUUAUGCAAACGAGCUAGUGAAACCAUUCAGCAUCUGUUUUUCGAGUGUCCAUAUGCAAAUGCAUUGUGGAGUAAACUGUUAGUGUGGCAAGGGAUCAAAAGAUCAGUGUAUGGAUGGGAUGAGGAACUAAGAUGGGUUGAGAAGUGGACUAAGAGGAAAAAUACAGCAGCAGAAUUAUAUAAAAUGGCAUUAGCAGCAACUGUGUACUAUGUGUGGCAAGAAAGAAAUGUUCGAAUUUUCCAAGCCAAGGCAAGAGGAUGGGAGAUAAUAUCCAAGCCGAUAAUACAGGAGAUUCACUGUCGAAGUAAUAAGUAUAUAGAGAAAAUCCUACAUAGUUUAGACAGGCAUCCACUGUAA